AUGCCUGGAGUUAACCACGGAGCCCUGGCUUCAGCCGGCGUCAUUGCCGUUUCUGUCGCUGUAGCAGCCGCCAUCGCCAUUUACGAAUCGCCCGAGAUCCGACGCUAUGCUGACGAGCUUCGGAGGCGUAUCGCCGUCGCUCUGCAUUCGCUGGGCGAGAAUAUCGAUCCGGAGGACCGCCCGCCAAUGUUUAACCGCCCUGAGGAUGCUGAAGGUUUCAUGCAAUCUCGUGGAGGACCUGAAGCUGGCGUCGAUGCCGAUGACGAAACCCGCCGCCGGCAGCGGGAGGAGCUAUUGUACUGGAAUGCCCUGAAAGUCGCCAAGCAAGAAAAGGAAAAGAUGGAGGCCGAACUUGCCGAUUCAAAGGAGCUGCCGCCUGCCCCGUCGCGCGGAAGGUCCUUCGAUGACUUUAUGCGACAGGACGAGAGCAGCGACAAGGGAACCUUCGUUUUCAACACCGGUGCCGACGUCCGCGGCGACGAAGAGGGCCUUAUUCGUCGACGUCCUGAGGGUGUCCGUGGCCUGAACGCCUCACUCUACGCAAACCCGUUCGCCGACGAGCACCAAAUCGACCAGGACGAGCUGCCGACAACUGAGGAGCCCAACCAACUGUCUCCUGGCCACGACGAGGCCCUCUCAGACAUCUACAGUGCUACGACCCGUGACGCAGACGAACGCCCACGAUACACUGCCGCCGCUAUCGCUACCAUGCCCGCUCUUGUGGAUGUUGCUGAAAACUCUUCCGAGACCGAAAGAUCUGCCACCCUUGACCGUGAGCUCGGAUCCGAAGAAUACAUGACCGCUGGCCAGGACGACCGUGACGAUGCGUACGCCUCUAUCCAGGCCUGGGCCCAAGGGUCCAGCCCCUCCAACUUUUACUCACCGCUCCCCAUGUCGCCACCCGUGCCCAUGUCCGAGCCUGAACUCGUCAGCGACGGCGAGUUGACCCCCACCGACUCGGCAUCCCUCGCUGGCUCCGGCGAGGAUGUUGCCAACGAUGCUGCUUCGUCCAGAGCUGGUGAUACUGGACGAUACUACGAUGUCCUGAGUGAGAGUGAGGGUAUGAUGACCCCCGCAAGCUGGUCAGAGGUUGGCAGCGUUGUCAGCGAGAGCGAGGCUCAAGCCCCUGUCAGGGCAUAA